AUGGGUGCUAAGGCAAGUACGGCCAACGGAGGGCAGAGUCCGCGCGCGAGGACAUUCUCUACGAGCUCCAGUUCGGACGUCGUAUCCGGUGGUGCCGGCUUUAGUCUGUUACGCGCAAUACCUGGUAUACAGGUGACAAAUGAUCGUCAGAGGGCGAGGUCGCUGUCUUCUGUGCCGGACUUACACGAUUCGCACGAAGCGAUUGCCAUUCCAGCAAAUUCACAAAGUUAUGAGGCUUCGGCAGCAGCGAGUCCGGAUACAGACUCUAGUUCCAAUGAGGAGGCUGGUCCAGUGCCAGGAACCUCAUUGGCUCUUGGUAGAGUUUAUGCGGCGCACUCCCUGCCUUCACACAUCUGGUCCAUAAACGGUAAGAUUAAUUAA